AUGGAUUCUAUUUCUCCCUUUCGAUGCUUAGUUGUUCGCCUACUCGAGGCCAUUGAUUCGGAUGAAGAGAAGCGGUUGAUACGUAAAUUGGAUAUGCGAAUUCUCCCUCUUCUUGGAAUCUGCUAUUUCUUCUACUACGUCGACAAGACGACACUUUCUUACGCAGCGAUCUUUGGAAUCAAGGAGUCUCUGCAUCUCGACGGGCAAGAGUAUUCGUGGCUAUCGAGCAUCUUCUAUUUUGGGUGGCUAGCAUGGGCUAUUCCAUCGAACCUGAUAAUGCAGAAACUUCCACCAGCCUGGUAUCUCUGCUUUAACAUCUUCAUGUGGGGGGCGCUCCUUAUGUGCCAGGCCGUAUCGAAGAACUUCGCCACUCUCUCCGCGCUUCGAGUACUGUCUGGCGCAUUUGAAGCUAUUGCAGAUCCAGCGUUCAUGCUCUUCAUCUCGACCUACUACACUCGUGAGGAACAACCGUCACGUAUUGCAGCAUACUACCUCUGGAAUGGCAUCGGUGUGGCUGGUGGUGGACUUAUUGGCUAUGGGAUUGGUAACAUCAAGGGCGCUUUGGAAUCCUGGCGUUAUGAGUUCCUCAUUGUGGGCGCGGCCUGCUCGUUUUGGGGCCUUCUGCUAACGCUGGUGCUCCCCAAUUCCCCCACCACGUUCUGGGGCUUUACUCAUGAGGAGAGACUGAUGAUUAUUGCUCGCGUGCGGCGCAACCAAACCGGUGUGGAGCAGCGAAAAAUCAAAUGGGAUCAAAUCAAGGAAGCGUACCUCGAUUAUAAGACAUGGCUGUUUUUCCUGCUCGGAGUUGUCGGCAAUAUUCCCAAUGGCGGAAUUUCUAACUUCUCGACCUUGGUGAUCGAAGGUCUCGGAUUCAAUACCUUCCACACGGCCCUACUCGGCAUACCGCAGGGUGUCAUCGUGGUGAUCUGGAUCGUGCUGGGAGCAAUUGGCAAUAACUACCUCCCAAGCAAUAGUCGUACAGUGGUCUCCGCUCUCUUUAUGCUUCCAACCAUUGCUGGCAGCCUUGGGUUUCUUCUUGCACCCCAGGAUGCAUACGUUGGCCGAUUGAUCUGUUUCUACCUCACGGGCUCAUACCAGGCUUCGUUCGUAGUGUCCCUCUCGAUUGUCACUUCUAACACUGGAGGACAAUCGAAGAAAAUGAUCGUGUCUGGCAUGAUCUGGUUCGGCGUAUGCGUGGGAAACAUCGCCAGUCCUUUCUUUUACAAGACGGAGCAGGCACCCACCUACCGUUUAGGUAUCGGCUCCCUCCUCGUUUCUAAUUGUAUCGAGCUCCUGCUAUUUUUUGUUAUCCGCUAUGUGUUCAUCUGGGAGAAUCGUCGUAAGGAGAAGGCAAGAGAAGCUCUGCGAGGCCAGGAGGGCGAAGAUGCAUUCACGUUGAAUGUAACGGCCUUCAACGACCUGACUGAUAAACAGAAUCCCAACUUCGUGUAUGUAUACUGA